AUGGAUUUCCUCCGCGCUUGUUUGCUUUUCACCGCGCUCGUCGGGCUUGGCACGGCUUUUACGCAUCAGGAUAUGAAGGACGCAUUGCUGCAGAAGCUUGGGUUGGAUGAAGUUCCUAAAAUCCAUAAAAGGGAUUUGGAGAAUCUUGUUAUUCCGGCGCAUAUCAGAAACAAGUACCUGUCAAUGCUGAAGAUGCACCACAGCAGGAGACGAAGAUCGCUGCCCAGCUUGGCAGGCAUCCUGAGGGGAAUCCCUGGCAAUGCAGAUAUCUCUGGGGAGUAUGUGUAUUCUGACACAACAAGGCAUCGCAUGGUGUUCGACAUGGAGGCGAGGAUCCCAGAUAACAGCGAGGUGACCAUGGCGGAGCUGAAGCUCUACCAGCGCGCCUCUUUCCACAAGCGCUUCGCCAUGGAAAGAAAGAACCACAGGCCCGUGAACAACGCCAGAGUCAGCAUCUACUGGGUGGAGGUGCUGCCAAAUGGAUCCAACCGGACAUCGCUGGUAGAUUCGCGGUUGAUCCCCAUUCACGAAACCGGCUGGAAGAGCUUUGAUGUGACGCAGGCGGUGCACUAUUGGUCCAAAAGCCAACAGAAGACACCUAUGCACCUGGAGGUGUGGAUCGAGGGCGAGAGACCUGGCAGCUACGCGGCAGAGAUGGCCAAGAGUGUGCGCUUUACCACCCAGGAGCAGACGGACAACACCUUGGGAAAGCCCGAGCUCAUCCUCUACACACUCAACCUCGAAGAGUACGGUUCUCGUGGUGACUGCGACCUCAGCCAAAACAAAGACACCUGCUGCAGAGAACAGUACUUCGUCAACUUCAGAGCCCUCACGUGGACUCAGUACUGGAUCAUCGAGCCUGCCGGAUACCAGGCCUUCAGAUGCACUGGAGGCUGCAAGCAGCCAAAACGCAACUACGGCUACGGGGAGAGGCGGUGUACGGUGUCUGAGAGUGCCCCCCUACCGAUCAUGUACCUGGUGAAGAAAGGGGACUACACUGAGAUAGAAGUGGCUGAGUUUCCUAACAUGAUCAUAGAGAGGUGUGCGUGCACGAUGGACAAUGUUUCUGUAGUAUGA